GGUACGAAUGCCUUCGAUAUUGCGGCCCCCGACUUGACGAAUGCGACGAUUGAAAACUUUACGAGCCCGUUCUUCAUUUUCCAGAUCACCUGCACGCUCCUCUGGAUGCUCGACUCUUACUGGUAUUACUCGCUUUUCACCUUCGCGAUGCUAGUGCUUCUGGAAGUGCAGUUCGCGGCAAGGCGGGUCGACGAUAUGGCGCUCCUGCGUGAACAGAUGGUCUUCCCAGAGCGCCCAGUCCUAGUCUAUAUUCCAAAUUCCGUAAUAACUGGGAGUGGCUCGUCGUCCGGAUCCUGGCAAUUGACGAGCAGUCGGGCACUCCUACCGGGUUACAUUACUGUACUGCUGGCAAACAAGACUGCUCCACAACAAGCUGAUGUGUUGCUGUUACAAGAAUCAGCAUGUCUUUGCGACGAGAGUAUGCUGACCGGGGAAACACUUCCGCAAGCAAAAACGAGCUAUACCGGAAACUCAACAAUAAACGUGGGAGAAUUACAACAAGAGCAACGAGAAUCUCCCACUCCAUCAAACGUAGGCGAUCGUCAAAACCUCAAUUACCGCGAUGACUUUCAUACCAGAUUCGAGAGUUUGUACCUCCCGCUGAAGAAUGAGCACAAGGCUGACACAGGAGACAUUCUUCAGGAGAAAAAGUCAGCUGAUCCAGAUUCGGUUUUCGGAAAAGGGCACAUUGUCUAUUCGGGCACAAAGAUUGUGCACGUACUAAGCGGAGCUGAACAAGGUCGACAACCCGCUGGUGUACAUUUACCCCCAGAACAUCUUCUUAAAAGACUGCACGCAUUGACGGCUCAGCUGGAGGAGGUUGAGAGGAUGCAGCGACGAGCUGCAGCCAUUGAAUUCGACCAUGUUAUAGGGUUACCAGUUCCUGCUCAUGAGAGGGAUUUGUAUCUUAAUGGACAAACCAUAACGGCAGAGCAAGAGCAUCAAGAGGGCCUUUCCUCCACUGCUGCAUCCAUGAGAGGAACACCAGGACAGGCAAAAGAAGAUGAGGCAUACGCUCUGGGUAUGGUCUUGCAUACGAGCUACGACACGAAGCAGGGGUCCCUCAUCCGGACCAUAGUCUCCAACGCGGAGCGGGCGACCCUUGAAACGUCACAGUCAGAGCUCUACUACUUCCUUGCGAUACUUUUGGUAUUCGGAAUUUGCUCCUGUUGUUUCCUCCUCUGGGACGGGCUCGUAUGGUACCCGGAAAAUCACAGUAAGACGGCGAACGCAGCUUUGGAGAAGUGGUGGAAGGAACAGGGCUGUGGCGGUCCUGUUGCAGAAAUAGGUUCAAGUUCAACAGGACUAGACGUCGAAGGAGGACUCGAGCAGGCUCGAUCCGUGUUGCAUCGUGCCCUCCGGACCAGGAUCAAUGAGAAAAAGCCUCUGCCUCCUGGAUCUGGGCAUGUUGCGUUCAAUAGUACGAAAGCAGCAGCAGCAGCAGCAGCACUGGAGGACCAGCACCAGCAGCAAGUUGUGCAAGGAGUAGAGGUAGAGGAGCUAUGGGCGUCAACGUCUGCUUCGUCCUCAACAACUACGACAACAACCACGCCAUCGCGGCUCGAGCAGCACCGAACUCUCCACCUUACUGAGACGCACCGCCAGCUGCGGAGCCUGUGCAACGGCGAUGGCGACGCGUCCUCCAUAUCAUCUUCAGCGGAGGCGUCGAGCUCGAUCAACAGUACUGACGACAACCAUUUCGCUUUGCUAUUAGACAUGCUUCACCGAUCCCAGCCUCGGUCUCAGUGGCGCCUGUUUUUGUCUGUGUCACACGUGAUCACCUCUGCUGUACCACCUGAAUUUCCGACUACUUUGUCCUUCGUCACGAGCCUCUUCCUCGUUGCGUUGCACAAGUUGCGCAUUUUCUGUACCGAAGCACACAGGUUCCAGUACGCAGGAGGCGUCACGACGUGCUGCUUCGAUAAGACGGGAACUCUUAGCAGCUCCGAUUACACUGUGGCGGACGUGGUGAGCGACGUAAAAGUGAAAAAGAGUCGCAGCAAGGAUACUGUUGUGGCUGAGCAACUUGUGGAAACACCCGAAGUGAACGACAUGGACGAGAAAGUAGAAUCUCAGACUGUACUUAAGAAUCAGCAGGUGGAGAGCAAAGAUAAUUCUAACACCAAAAACCCAACUACAGUAAUCGGGGAUUCGCAGAUGGCCCAGCUCGUUCUAGGUGGAUGUAACUCGCUUGUGUACGUUGGUGGUGAAAUUGUCGGAGAUCCUGCAGAGGCGGCCGCUUUGUCGCAUGCUGGCUGGAAGAUAGGACUCGGUGGUGUCAUCACAGAGACGGGCGUGAGCAGAACUGGUCGAAGUUGUGGAAGUAGUGACAACGAACCAGCGACUACAAGCAUGACUGGUCAUGAUCAGAUUCAGAAGGAGAAGGCGAAUGAAGAUUGCAUUUCGACCGCAGGAACGUCAACAACAUCUUCAUUUUCGCAAGUGACGAGGGACCGCAUAGAUGCUGCAGUCGGAGGAGCUUUGAGACUCGGGGGGCUUUUUGCGCCCCUUGCAUCCUCAUCUACUACUAGCUCUGCCGUCUCUACUUCAUCAACACAAGCUGACCCAUCAGUUUCAGUAGCUUUAACAUCUCGCACCAUUCGCAAAAUUACCCAGCACCCAUUCCGGUCAGAGCUACAACGCAUGUCAGUCCUCGUUGAGGUAAUCAAAACAUCCAUAGACCAGAUGGAAACUAAUCUUCGGCAAGCUUCUGAUAAAAAUGCGUCAGGUGCGUCAAAGACCAAAACGAAGAAUAUUAACAACAAACGUCGCGGUGACCGUGACGAUCAUUCCAACAAUUUUAAGAAUAGAAUAUUCAGCAAGAACGACUCCUCUACAGGGCGCCUGCUGAGUCUCGUGAAAGGGUCGCCAGAAAUGCUAAAGGGGCGCAUCGAGUUUGUCAGCAAAGAUGCGGAAAAAGCCUUUGAGAAUAAGGCACAGAAGCUGGCGCGAAAGGGCUUACGGGUCCUUGCGCUGGCUUACAAAGAGUUUCCUCCCUCGACUACACCUUCUGGGACGUCAUCAGGCCCACUAUCUCGAGAAGAUUGCGAAUCUGGCUUAAUUUUCGCAGGUUUCCUGGCUUUGAAAUCACACUUGAAACCACGUACGAGCGAAACUAUUCGAGAGCUCAGACAAACCGGGCAUCGCUGUGUGAUGAUAACAGGCGAUGCUUGCGCCACAGCUUGUCACGUUGCGAAGGAGGCUGGCCUCGCUAACGCGGCUGCGGAGAUGCUAGUACUUGUAGCCAAAGGGAAUACAUUUGUCUGGCGGCGGGAAGCCAGCUCUUUUGUUCCUGGAACAAACAGUUUAGGGCUCAUAUCUUCCUCAGAGGGAGGGCUAGGAGAGGAGCAGGAGGAGCCCUGUUUGCCCUUCGAUACGAUCGAACAGAGUCAUUGUUCUUCUUUGAAUUCUGAUUGUCGUUCCUGGGAGCAGCGGCGAGGAGAAGGCCAACGCCAAGGGGAGAACGAUAAUAAUGAGGCAGGUAGGGCCCCUUAUGCGUUCUGCGUCUCGUUUGCGGAAGUUACCAGUUCAGCAGUACGAAAAGCCGAGAACGGAGCUCUGUGGAAAAAACUGGUGCAACAUGUAACGGUGUUUGCCCGCACAUCGCCUGACGAGAAGAAGACUAUUCUAGACACAUUGAAAGACGAAUGUGGCGAGACCACUUUGAUGAUCGGAGACGGCUUGAAUGAUGUGGGCGCAUUGAAACGCGCCCAUGUCGGCAUUUCUCUAUUGGGAACAUCGACAUCCUCAAGCUCUACAACUACAACGUCAUCAAAUAACACUCAUACGGCUGCACUACUAGGAGCGACUGCGUCGAAAAGCAGUAGCUCAUCAUCAAGGGCGUUGAGAAGAGACAAGCUGGAUUCAGCAUCGUCUGAUGUGAAGACUUCGAAUCCAGCCAGGAGUAAGAAAAGUGGAGCACGGGACAAGCACAAGGAUCAGCAGGAGGAUGAAGAGGAGCUAGACUUAAUGGAAGACUCCGAAGGUUCAAGAGACCCGCACCAGAGGGAACGACGGGGAACCGCAGAGUUGGGAGAAGCCUCGAUUGCCAGUCCAUUCACGUAUCGCGGAGAGAGUGUCAAGUGUGUACCCAAACUUUUGCAGGCUGGUCGCGGGGCUGUUUGCGUGACACUGCAGAUGUACAAGAUUAUGGGCGUCAACAGCAUCGUUUUAGCAUGCGGGCUUUUCGUAGUCACCUUGGAUGGAACAAGGACGGGGGAAGCACAGGCGUUAGUGGAGUCUAUGGCAAUAAGCGCGCUCUUUUUUCUCAUCAGCCGCAGUAAAGUCGAGAAGCUGAGCCGACAACGCCCUGUUGCCUCGCUUUUCAGCUUCAGCUGUCUGGGGAGCAUGAUUUUGCAGAUCACAACACAUUUGGCCUGUCUG